AUGACUGACGUUGACGAAUUACAAGAGCAUAACGUCAACGAGGCUCCGAAUGAUUCUUUAACUCUUGGACAGUUAAAGAAGAUCGUAAAGCAAUUCCCAAGUCGGCAGAAGCCAAAAGAGAUUGCUUUUAAGUAUGAAGAUACUGACAAUAUCUCCAACGAAAUCGAUGAAUUCUACAGCUAUACUUGGACUACUUGUACAAUAUCCGAGCGAAGAACUUAUAUCGAAUAUCUGCUAGAGUUACUGGAACUCCAGGAUCCAGUUAAACGAUUUGCGACUACGAGGAAACUGCUUUACAUUGCUCAAGGAACGUUUGGCGAAACUACAAAUCCAUCUCAACUUUUGCAAUGGAUAAUCGAGAACAACAAAUUUCUUCGCAAUUGUGGCGCUCUUCUUUCAUAUUAUCAAGCAUUGAAACUUGCAUGUCAUGCGCACGACUAUUAUAGUCACUCUGAUUUAGAUAUGUCGGCUUCAGAUAGACAAGCGUGUAUUGAUGAUACGAACACAGAAAUUGGUUUUUAUUUGACGUUGUUGUACAUGCUACUUGAAGUUCAUCGGGGAGAUGAAAGCUUUGGAACAGAGUUGGUGGAACUUGAUCCACCCUUGGCUGUUUUCCUAUUCGAUACUAUAGCAUCACUACACGAAAAGAAUGCUAAAGGGUAUCCUGUGAAGAAGCUACUACUGUUAUUAUGGAAAGUUCUACUGGCCAGUCUGGGCGGUGUAGAAGACAUGAAACGUUUAAAGAGCAGUGUACGAAGACUAAAUGGCUUACCGCCAGUCGAUUCAUCUAGUAUUUUUUUGAAAGCGGCACCAAUGGAUUAUUACAACUUUCAAACAGAGGUCACUCAAAAAUACCCGACUUACAUCCCUCGCCCAUGUCCAACCGUUUCGAUACCCGGCGUCAGCAGUCAUCAAUCGCAUUUAAAUCACCAAUCAAAUCCCAAUGUUAAUUCCAGCACAAUUUUAGGCACAAAUGCAGGUUCGACACAAAAUCAAUCACCUAGAUCACGCAAACAACAGUUUCAAACAAACCAACGACAACCAUUUAUAUUCCCAUUCUCCAAGUAUGCCCCAACCGUGCCUAAAGCCAUAGAAGAAGCUGGAGAUCUGUAUAUGAAGUAUAUGUAUACUGGUGUGGGCCCAUGGCAAUUUUGGUUGGAAAAAGAAAAUAUGAAGAAAUAUCAAUGUGGUAAUAGUGAUGGCGGUUAUUUGAAUAAGCAGAAUGGACAUGCAAGUGUAUACAGCAUCAAAGAAUGGAACGAAGAUGGGAAGACUGUGGAUAACUAUGAUAAAGGAUUGUUAGAAAGAAUUGAAAGAUCUAUUUUACCCAAAUUACAAAACAUAAUAAUAGUUUUGUUGAAACUUUUGUUGGCAACAGUAUCUCCCUCAAACGUCAACACUAAUCCUAGAUCAAAUGACAACACGAAUGGCGAAAAUAUUGGCAAGAACGGUUCAAUGCUUCCAAAUGGGUCAAUGUCAGAAGAAAUUUCAAGCAUUUCUAUUGGUACUGUAGAAGAUGUUGAUAUCAUGAGACAUAGGGAGAUCACAUCUAAGGCAGUAUCUGCUAUUUUGUUGUUAAUGCUCAAGCAUUUUAAACCAUCUCACAUUUUGAAAUUUGAGUAUCUCGGACAGCUGCUGGUAGAUUCCAAUUGUCUUCUGUUGAUAUUGAAAAUUUUUGGUUUACAAGAUGUAUCGGCGACUGUAAAGGCCAAGAAUGAAGUGGAAGAGUUGAAUUUUUUCCGAUAUUGUACAGCAGGUCACGAUACGGACAGAGAAAUACUCUCGUUUGAUGGCAACUUAUCCAAAGAGUUGAAUAGAGUCCAAGUCAACUCGGCAGAUUCAGAUAGUGUUAAAUCGGAUCAGGAUAGUCAACAGGAGUCUCAAGACACUACCGAAGAACAAUCAGGGGAGUCUGCAGACCAAAUUCAGGAUGAAACUUCGUCUGCUUCGCAAGAGAGUGAAAAUAAUGUAGAUUAUGAAUACUGUUGGCGUAAUAUGUUUGCAGCAAUCAACUUCCUGCGAAUAUUACAGAAACUAACGAAGAGAAAAACUCAUCGGAUUGUAUUACUAGUUCAGUAUAAAUCAUCAGCUAUAUUAAAGAAAAUUCUGAAAGUAACACAUCAUUGUCUUGAGCUUUAUGCAUUGAAAGUGUUAAAGAGUCAGAUACCUUUCGUUGGAAGGAAAUGGAGACAAAAUAAUAUGAAAGUGAUUACUUCGAUAUAUAUGGUAUGUCGACCUGACUUGCGAGAUGAGUGGAUUGCACCAACGGAUGCGGACGCAGAAGUAGAAGAUGCGGUGCCGCAGGAGCAGGCACUCCGAGAAUUAAUCAAGUUCUACAAUUCCGCAAACUACUCGUGGCAGCUGGGCGAGCAAUUAUAUAAUAACAAUAACACCAGCAAAGAUAAAAGUCCAAGAAUCUUCCCACCAAAUCAUACAAAACCUUUGACCAAUACCAACGCAGCAUAUAUAACUGACGAUAUAAUGCUCGAAGAAUCAUUUCUCUCCAAUUGGGAGCAAUGGCUCCACGAAGAAGUAUAUGCGUUCUCAGCAGACAAACCUCACCUGCACAGAAUCGAUCAUUAUUAUAAUGACGAUCAUGUCGGAACAUUCCCCGGUGAUGGAUCUGAAUGGGAUACACCUUUCUCUCCUUCAACUGACGACAACGAUCCGUUUGCUACAAUCGAUUGGAAUAAAUUUCCUGGUACAGACAUUGAAGAGAUUGAAAAAUUUUUUAUUCCCAGGAGUAAGCGUCAAAUGAACUAUGACGAAGACGAGAUGGAGAGGAAAAUUGAUUAUUCGAUGUAUUUCACUAAUGGAAAAGAGAACGAUGAACAGAUGUACUUGUGGCCUGACGAAAUUAUGGGACCGCUUGCGCCAAAGGAAAUAGGAAUUUACGACCCAACUCCCUACCAAAGUGAAGAUGAGCAGUUAUAG